CCAGAGCCACCAGAACUCAGACAUAUAAAGGGAGAAGUGAAGUACUCAAGAAGAUCAGCCUAGGAAAGCUACGGUCAAGAGAGUUUGCAUUUUCAUGAUGGUAAUGCGCUCUGGUUGACCGCCAGCUCGACUACGCCCGCCACUCUUAAACCAUCAACAUGUCGGGUUCUCGCCGUUGCAUCCUCCUCUCCGGACUCACAACUUCCUCCCCCACCUACAUGUCUCCGCGCAGCUUCACAACCCUCUGCACUCUCCCUCAUCGCCGCUCCAUAUUCAGCACGCCUUCGAAAUCCGUCAUCUCUCAUACUCAAGGCUAUGUGGGGAAUUAUGAGGCCUAUGCACCGACCAAGGGACCCCUCUCGCUGUCUUCUAAGCAUGGCGUGUCAACUCUGACCCCCUCACUCUUGAAGAAGCAUCUGGAUAAGUUUGUUGUUGGACAAGAUAAGGCAAAAAAAGUCACAAGUGUAGCAAUCUACAACCAUUAUCAGCGUAUCCGGGAAAUUCGACGCCAAGAUCAUGAGGAACAAGAGAAGCGGGACCAAAGGGCGAGGCAAGAAGCAAGACAGAGAAUACCUCCUGAGUUUCUACAGCAUCCCGUAGAAAGUAUAUCCCCUUCUCCGUUCAGCCUCCCUUUCUCCCUCAGGGUUGUCUCUUUUGUCACAUGAUACUCACGUAUUUUCUUAGCUGAUUACAAUGGCCAACCUCAAACGGCCGAUCUUAAUAAACUCACCCUACCAGAAGCAGAACCAGAGUUAGAGUUAGGUUCUCGGCCGCUAGAAGAGAGCCGAAACACCAUUAUUGAGAAGUCCAAUCUUCUGCUUCUUGGUCCCUCCGGAGUGGGUAAAACCUACAUUCUGCAGACACUUUCCCGUGUGCUAGAAGUUCCUUUUGCCACUGUAGAUUGCAGCUCUCUCACCCAGGCUGGAUACAUAGGUACAGAUAUCGAGUCUGCUAUCGAACGUCUACUACUUGCCUCUUCUCAUUCUGUUCAAAAAUGCGAAAGCGGCAUCAUUUUCUUCGAUGAGCUGGACAAGCUUGCCAAACCGGCCGUUAUGACCCACGGCCGUGAUGUUUCUGGCGAAGGAGUACAACAAGGACUCCUAAAAAUGAUUGAAGGUACCACAGUUACCAUCAAUGCAAAGCCAGACGCCAAAUCGGAUGCUCAAAGCUCCUCCCGAGGGGAUAGGCUCGAACGAGGAGGUCGAGAAAUUGCAGCUCAACAAGGAAAAAGUGAACAAUUUACCAUUGAUACAACGAAUAUCCUUUUUGUAUUUGCCGGUGCCUUUGUUGGCCUUGAGAAGAUCAUCUCCAAGCGUCUUGCAACUGGAUCUUCUAUUGGAUUUGGCGCUCCCAUACGCGCACCACCGGUCCCAGCUUCUCCAAAAGCGCCACAAGACAUUCUUUCUCAGGUCAAUACCAACGAUCUCCAAUCUUAUGGACUCAUUCCAGAACUGCUAGGAAGGAUACCCAUCACAGUCUCCUUAACGCCCUUAUCCCUCCCACAACUCGUAUCCAUCCUGACCGAACCCAAGAACUCCUUAGUAAAACAGUACACCGCCCUCUUCGAAACCUUCGGCGUAAAACUCCGCUUCACAACCGCUUCCCUCCACGCAAUCGCCGAACAAGCCCUCCCACCGUCUCCAAACCCCGAUUCCAAAUCCAAAGAUACACCAGUCCCAGGAAUGGGCGUAGGAGCUCGUGGCCUCCGAGCCAUCCUUGAAUCGGUCCUGCAAGAAUGCAUGUAUGUCACCCCGGGAUCCGAUAUCAGAUUCUGUCUCAUCGACGAGCAAUUCGUCCGUGAACACUUCAAGCGAACAUCCAGCAAAACACCCGACGCUUCAGGAAAAGAACUUCUCCCUCUUUCCUGGCCUCGCUCUUGUAGUGUUUCUUUUGAGCAAGCCUAUGAAGCCGAGGAAUUGGAAUGGGACAGGAAACAGGGCCGUGAAAGUUACGUUGAGGAUAGUAGAGAUAACGGUGGUUUCGAUAAGUUGCGAGCUGGUGGGAGUUCAGGGAUGUAAGUAAGCAAGUGGGUGGAUGGUUUGUUUUAUUUUAUGGUUAACCCAGGUGCAUGCAACAAUGGAAUAAGACAGGGCAAAGUUCCCUCUAUCAAAAACCUGUCUUUUUCUCUCUCACUCACUCGAAUUUAUAGUACCGCGCUGGUAAGGGGUCUGUUUAUCUUUUAGGAUGUUCUAGGCAUUGGGCGGUGGAUUGGGGGUGUUUUGUAUGUUGGAGUAUAUAAAUUUUCUUUCAUUGGCAGACAAGCACGUUUUGUACAUACAUAGAUAGGUAGUUCAGCAUGAGGUUUCACGAUAUAACGCGAUGAAUAUCAGCAACCAUAUAA